AUACAAAUUUCAAUCGUUUGGAAUCCAACAACUUGCCGUGGGUCGGCGUCUGCUUCGAUCUUCUCGACUUCUUUGCCUCUUUUCUUCAACACUCAAAGGUAUGUUGUCCUGACUAUUUUAUACUCUCAGUAACACUAUAGUAGAAAAGUUUUCUUCUGUGUCAUGGCUAGUUUAACCAGCACUUCUAACCUCUCGAACCCAUCAAGUGUCCCGUCAAGAACAGCUACUGGACAAACUAUUUCUUUAACUCCUUCCUUGGUCGGACAACAAUUUGUAAAAACUUACUAUGAUGUGCUCUCCAAGAAACCUGAACAUCUGUUCCGUUUCUACAAAGAAGACUCACAGUUCACUGUUGCAACAGGCAUACUUGAAAAGGCCACUUUACAAAGUGCACAGGGUCAAGAAGAAAUCGGAAAGUUGGUGAAAAAUAUUCCUUUUGGUUCGUGCAGCUACAAACUUUCCAGCGUUGACGCACAAGGUUCAAGUAACGGUUCUAUCGUGGUGCAGGUUACCGGUUACAUUGCUCUUGAGGGUUCGUCUCUACGAAACUUUGCACAGACUUUUGUUUUGAAUCCACAAGAGAAAGGUUUUUAUGUUAGAAACGACAUUCUUCAUAUGUUACAAGAGAUGACUACUACACACAGUCAACCAGUUAAGGAAAAUCUCCCAGACUUGAAUACGAGCGGAGUUGACGUCACAAACAAAGUUACUCCAGUUGGGAAGCAACGAGAGAGUAACGUAGACUCUGUGUCAACUUCGACUUUGGCAGCUUCACAAAGUGAGGCACCACAACCACGAAAUUCACCCACUCAGGCUCACCAAAAGUCAAGAUCGCCCACAGAAACCCAAAAUCUUAAGAGUGAGUCUUUACAUAGAACAACAACAGGAGAAACACUCCAAGGAAUGGAGGACGAAAAGCUGCUCUCAGGCCAGCAGAAGAAGAGCUGGGCUUCUAUAGUUGGAUCAAAACCUACACCUUCGCAGAACGUGGUUCCCAAUAAUGUUGGCAAUCAAAUGAAACAGCGAGUUGCUCCUCCACAAGAUAAUAUAAAUAGAGAGAAGGUUGCAGGAGAAGAGAGAAAGGGAGAACGGCCGCGUGAACGUUCAGGAGCUUCCGUAUAUAUCAGCAACUUUCCAAAGCACCUCACGGAAGAAAUGCUUCUUGAAGAGUUUUCUCGUUUCGGUAAAGUGUUGAAUGUUGACUUGCAUCUAGAACGUGGAUUUGCGUUUGUCGAUAUGGAAUCGGUUGAAGACGUUGAGGCAGCAGUGGAAGCUUGGAACAGUCGGCCUCCAACUGCAGGUCCUUUAGCAGGAAUGGAUUUGACCGUUCAACAGAGGAAACCGUUGGCAAGAGGAAGUCGAGGUGGAAGAGACACUCGUGGAAGAGGAUAUGGAGGUGGAUCCAGAGGAGGCCGCAACUUUGGUAAUCGUGCUGGUGGUAGGAGAAGCAACAGUGGCACUAGCGGAGAAGCUACUCGUAGUGGUGGUAGAGGAGGAGGGCGUUUUGCGGCAAAUAGGACAUCAUAUAGUGAGAGUGCUAGUCGCAGUUAUGGGCGCGUAACUGAGGAAGUAACUCAAUAACAGAGUCACGUUGCUGCACUGAUACUGAGUACAGGCAGAGAAGAAAAGAAGAGUCGAAGUGAUAAUCUACACUCUACUUUGAGGGUAAGAAAAAAUAGGUUCCUUCUCUCAGAAAUAAAGGCGUCUUAGAAACUUUUAUUUGCUUUCUUUUGUUGCUCUCCUCCCAAAGGAAAUUUAUGCAGUUAGUUAUGUCCCAAUUCGACUUGGAUU